AGUAAUGCAUGUUGAGUAACGAUACAAAAUUUGAAGUGAUUGUUGUGGAAAUUGGCUAACCCAAGAGAUAAAGGAAAGAUUGCUUUUGAUAAACAGAUAGUUGGAAUUUGCACAAUCGAACGCAAUUGAUAGACAGAAAUUUGGAAAUUGCAAAACUAAAUGCAAUUGACGAGUAGAUAGUGAGAAAUUGCAAAACCGAAUGCAAUUGAUGAGCAGAAAGUGGGAAAUUGCAAAAUGGAGUGCAAUUGACAAACAAAAUUGGAAAUUGACAAGGUGUGAUGACAAGUAUAAUCAGAGUAGUGAAAAAAUGAUUAUAAUAAUAAUAUAACCAUACGAUUAUAGUGUGGGAAAAGCUUGUGAGGAAAUCAAAACUCAAUGGCUCUGAAAGGAAGUGCUGAGGAAAAGCCACACUUAACUUCUCAUAAGUGGAGUGCCUUUUAUUUGUUUACCUAAAAGUUAAUAAGUCUUUCUGUAGAAAACUUAUAAUAUUAAAAGGUUGGGUCAGGGGCUUACUCCUUUCAGCGAAUUUGAGAGUUUUAACUUGCUUUUCAGUAUUUCAGCAUGUGCUGCCGUGCUUCUUCAUUCUCUCCUUUCCCCUUCAGCUCUCCCUUCUCUUCUUCAAGACCCAAACCCGUGGCUACUGUUCAUCGAAACAGAAGUCAUAUUUCUGAUGCUCAGAUCGAAAAACUUCCUUGAUGAAAGUUGUUCAUCUGCUCGACUACUAUAGCCUGUAAAAACUUGGGAAUUUUUGGAAUUUUUCUGACGCCACCAAGUUGGUCUGCCAUCUCUGUGUCUAUUUAUUGCUGGUGAGUGCUUGCAGAUUCUGUUUCUGCACUUGUUUUUUAAUAUCUGCCGCUCUGAUAAUUAUGCCUGCUUCAUGAAAUUUGCUUGAAAUUGUGUUGUUUACAAUAUAUCCAAAAUUGAGGAUCAUCCAACCGUUGUAGUGUUCCCUGCCCUGAUUUUUCUGAAGUGUGUUUAUGGAUUGAUGUUGAUGCCAUUGAUGCAUGCUUGUUUUCUUGAAGCUUGAGUUCCUUUGUUUUUUUUUUUUUUUUCAAAACUUUGUGAAUUAGGCACUGAAUUCUGAGGUUGAGCUUGUGAUUUAGGGUUUUUAGCUUGGUGAUGAACAAAACCUACACAAGCUUUCCUAAUUAAUGCACGCUAAGUGUUUGUGAAAAAGUCUCAAAGUACCCUGUGGUUGUUCUUUGACCUUUCGAAAUUUUGUCAUUUGAAUAUGAUCUGGAGAUUUUGACACAUGAAAGUAGACUUCUUAAUGGCUGUGUUGGAAUUGGUUUUGUGGCUUUUGAAGGAAAAAUGAAUUUGUGGUGUAUUUUCAAAGUAAGGGCUAAAGCUGCUGGAAUUGUGCAGUUUCUGCUGCAUGACCUGUUUUAGAAAUUUGUUUGGCAUGCUUCCCUAACUCCAAAUUCAACGAAAUUUUGGGAAAGUGAGGGUUGACACGUCUAGUUCUAAUCUGGAAGGUUUGGGAUUUGUUGGUUGUAAACUUAAUUUCUACUGAUUUUUUUGAGUGUGGGAUGUUCCAGCUAGAGUAGUUGGAAAGCUUGUGCAUAAGUUUUGCUUGGCAUGUUGAUUUUGUUUGAGAAUUCAGCAUGUCCUUCCUCUUGAUGAAUCUUACCAUUAUUCCUUGUCUUGCUUGUAGGUAUUCACAUGGUGCAUUUUAAUGGGUUCCCGCAUUUCACCUAGGUUACCGCCAGUGAUGAAGGAUAACUUGUUUUCCCUUGAUGAUGGCUUAAGGAGGGGACGGCCCCCUCCGUCGUCCAAGAAUCUUUGCGAAGGUCCACUUAUAGAUGAAGAGCCAACGGCAGAGGCAGCUCCUAUUAUAGAUCCCACAUCUAUCUCCAGAUGUUGCAUAGAAGGAGGCCUAUUUCCGGCGGUCCCUGUAUUCUUUCAAUAUCCUUGUGGCAUUACUGGGUGUUGGUCAGAAUGGGUCGAGCAUGAGUUAGGGGACCCGAUUAAACGAGAUACCUUGCGGAAAGCUGCGGUGUUAAAUGCCAUUUUUGCAUCCAAACGAUGUGAAAUCCACUUAGAAGUGCAGCUACUUCGCCAUGUAAUCAGGAGAUGGAGUUCGGAAACACACACUUUCAUAUCUUCGUGGGGGGAAUUCACUCCUACACUUGAAGAUGUGGUAAAUAUUCUUCAUCUUCCCAUUGUUGGUACUCAAGAUCCUUUUAACAUUAUACUGGAUGCCAAAGACAAAGAAAGGCUUGAGAUCCUUAAAAGGGGUGCCAUGGGUAAGCACUCUCUUCGGUUUAAUAGCUGGGUGAAACAUUUCGGUGAUAAAGACAAAAGGCAUUCAUGUGGUCUUUACGCACUUGUAUCCUUAUGGCUUGGAAAGUUUGUGUUUUGUGAUUUCUCUCCGGAUUGUGUGCAUGAGAGAGUGUUUCCUUUAGCACUGGCAAUCGCGCGAGGUGAUGUGAUUCCGUUAGCCCCCAUGUUCCUGGGGUACUUGUAUCGUUUGCUAGAUCAGGUGCAUCUUCUUGAGAAAGGUGCGGCCGGAACUAUGGCAGUGGAGAGUUUUCUCAAUUCGAGCUUUUUGCAGGUGUUUCUAUGGGAGCAUAUUAAAGGUCUGGAUGUGCACCCACUGCCUUAUUCACAAGCUGGACUGUUUGUUCGUGCUGGUGAUGAUUCAUACACGCCAGAUAUGCCCCUUUUGAUUUCUCGGUGGUUUAGAAGAAAGCCGAGGAAAGGCCAAAACUUCCUUGAGCUACUGGACGACAUUCAACAUUUCAUUUUUCGCCCGUAUACCAAGGUACCGAUAGGAUUUGCACACGUGUCCUUUUAUGAAGGAGUAGGAGAAACUUCCAUAAUAAUACCAAGGGGUGAGCAAUCAAGAAAAGAUGCAUAUCUGAACAUGGCAGGCCUCCCACUGUUUACGUUUGGUGAUGAUCAUUCUGAGGUGUCCGUUCAUUACUUGACUCACCGGAUUAUACGACAAUUUGGGCUUGAUCAAGGUGUCCCAGCAAGACCCGACUUUCGCCAUCCAUUUGGAAUGCACAAGGUAUUUUGGAGUAGAGUAAGGGUGCCAGAUGAUGGUAGACUAUUUGCCCUUGCUUUGGCUAGCAGGGAGAGGAUCGGCGGUUGCUCAAAAGGCCACCGUACUUAUUGGAAUCGUUGCUUUGCCUAUUUUACUCGGUUUCAUGCGAGUUCUCCGCAAAGGCUGCUCCCUUCCAUUGAUCAUCACCGAAGAUUGAUAUCGGAAAAGAGAGCUAUUGCACUCAGUGAGAGGCGAAACUUGGAAUUUACUUCUAAGGAUGGCAAAAUCGUAGGAAGGUCCUUGGAGUCGGCAAAAGGAAGCACUGUGCUGCAAAAAUCAAUAGCUAAGCAAGGCGUGAGCGAGAAGCGUUCUUCAUUGAGAAAAAAGAAAUUCAAACCCAAAGUGGCAACGAUUGGACCUCCCAGGAAGAAACUUUCUCCUCCCAUCGGCCCUAAGCAGGCUACGGUGCCAACCGCAUCAGUCCCAAGCGCUUCUUUGAGGAAGAGGAAACGUCGAGGUUCCCACCUGGAAGAUAUAAGUACUUCAAGCACUCCUGAGCUCGAUAGUGAAGAUGAUGGAACUGAUUUUGCACAUAUGGGAAGGAGUGAGUCACCCAUUGGCGACAUACCGGCUGAUCAUGCAUACGGUCGAGGUGAUGAAGUUGGUGAUGGUGGUUUAGCUGGCUUGGACCAUUCUUUGGAGGAACCGCUCUGCUCGGACGCCUCCCUUGGAUUUGUCCACGACGCCACAACCUCCACGCCACGUAAUGUCGACUUGGUGGACAUUACUCAGGAUAAAGAGAUUCACGUGGCAAGCACAUCAUCAACAUUUGAUAUAGUGAUCAAUACUUCUAGCGAGGACUUACCUUUGGUAGACAUGUCGGGGUAUGACCCUUCUUGUUAUGAGUUAGAAGAUGCAUUUAGUGCCUUUAUGGUUUUCUUCGAUAGUGACACAAGAAUACUUAGAUCCACUGACGAGCUUCUUCCACUGUGCUACGAAUUCCGAGGUUAUGAGACAUUCCGAGGGGCGCAAGUAUUCCCGGAGACCGUGAGAGCUUUGAGUAAGUUUUUUGAUAGCUAUGAGGCUCGCAUCGAGAGUGCCCGCAAUCUAUCUUUUUCUUCGAAGAAUCUGGCAUUUCGUGGUCUUGGUUUGUCUUUAUAUGGCAUGGAUGUCACGUCAUAUUCGGAGAUUUCUGACCAUAAACUUCUUUGUUGGAGAGAUACGAUCCGUGACGCCAUCUCAUAUGGGCUUCAAGUGGGUUUCCUGCUUGACAUAUUGAAGAUGAGGUUAGCUCGUGCUGUUUUUGAGACACGAGCUGCUUGCAGUGCAGCGAUAUCCAUUCAAUUCCUCAAAGUAGGGGCAACAUCUCAAGCUUUGAAACUCAAACAUCAGGAAUUGGAUAGUGAAUGUCACAAGUUGCGUGAGCUCUUACUUGAGAAGGGGAUUUCUUCCAACAAUGCUGGCUACGUAUUGGAGGCUGCGAAAGGGUCACCUUGCAAUGCCUCGUCCAUAUUGUAUGAUACACACUAGUUGAGGCUUGUUAUAGCUUGAUCUACCGAAGUGUAUAUGUCGAGACGCAUUCAGGUGCUGAGGUGCUGCAUAUGGCACCAAGAAGCAAUUUAGGCACCGUGCCCCAGUCCUGCAACAAUUUAGGCGAUUUGCACUAGCCUGCAGCCAUUUGGGAGAUUUGCACUGGCCUGCAGCUAUUUAGGCGAUUUGCACUAGCCCUGCAGCUAUUUUGGUGAUUUGCACCCUGCAGCUAUUUUGGUGAUUUUGUACCCUGCAGCUAUUUUGGUGAUUUGCACCCUGCGGCUAUUUUGGUGACUUGCACCUUGCGGCUGUUUUGGUGAUUUCCACCCUGCGGCUAUUUUGGUGAUUUGCAGCCUGCGGCUAUUUUGGUGACUUGCACCCUGCGGCUAUUUUGGUGACUUGCACCUUGCGGCUGUUUUGGUGAUUUCCACCCUGCGGCUAUUUUGGUGAUUUGCAGCCUGCGGCUAUUUUGGUGACUUGCACCCUGCGGCUAUUUUGGUGACUUGCACCCUGCAGCUAUUUUGGUGAUUUGUACCCUGCAGCUAUUUUUAUCACCUUUCUAUCACCUGUGUAUCACUCUUUUUUUUCUUUUUUUUUUCUUUUUUUUUUGUGUGUGUAUACUACUACUUGUGCAUGAUGCUUAGUAAUAGCUUGGGAUCCCA